AUGCCCAGUAUAUCCGUCUCCCUCCCCCUAAAACCCAUGAGUUCCCUCUCCUCCUUCCUCUCCUCUCUGUCUUCUCUCCCCCACACCGUCAGAGACACUGAGGUCCCCCCUCUCUUCCGUGAGCCCUACAUCCUGUCUGGCUACCGGCUCGUGGGCCAUUCCUGGAGCUUCUACUUCCUCAGCCUCUUCCAGAUACACAAUGAGACACUCAACGUGUGGAGCCACUUGCUGGCCGGAGUCUGCGUUGCGCUGAGGUUCUCUGUGUUUGCUGUGAUGUGUGGAGGGGUAAUUCAAUAAUUUUUGUAAUAUUUUGAGUGUGUGUUUGUGUAAUUCAGUGUGUGUUAGGGUUAGGUGUAGGUGUGUGCAUUUGUAUGUAUGCAUUUGUAUGUGCGUAUUUGUGUCCAAAAUAAUACCACACAAUUACUGCAGAUUUAAACCUUGUAUUUAAACCUCACCACCUGUCCUAAGGGUCUUGUGGGCCUGACCCUGAAUGGACCAGACGGGCUGGGUCUUUACCUGGACCUGGCCUGUCUACCCCUGGUCUACUACGUCCUGUCUGUUCUGACCUACUUGUGCUGCAGCGCUGCAGCCCACCUGCUCCAGUCCCACUCCGAGCUGGCCCACUACUCCCUGUUCUUCCUGGACUAUGUGGGAGUGGCUGUGUACCAGUAUGGCUGUGCCCUGGCUCUAUACUUCUACAGCUCUGAUCCCACAUGGCGACGCAGUCGAGUAGGAGAGGUGGGGAAUGAAUGAAUGAGGGAGUCAAAGAGUGAAGGAGUGAAUGAAUGCGUGGACAAAGGAACAAAGGAACAAACAAACCUCUCCACUGUUAGGUGUUCCUCCCUGCAGCAGCUCUCCUGGCUUGGUUGUCCUGUGCCUGCUGCUGCUUUGCCAAACUCAGUUACCGCCAUCCGUACCCACUCCGUCGUAAGCUGUGCCAGGUCGUGCCAACCGGUCUGGCGUACCUGCUAGACAUCAGUCCCGUGGCACAUAGACUGGUCAGCAGGACCUGGGGAGACGACCCUGCUAUGACCCUACACGCAAUACAGGUGAGCGAGAGAGAGAGAGAGGGAGAGAGAGGUGGAAUGAUGGAGAAAAAGAAAGAGAGAUAGCGAUAAGAGGUAGAGAAGAGUGAGGUUGGGGAGAGGAUCCUGCACAAUCUGACGCUCUGAUGUCACACACAGGUGUUGCUGUUUCUCCUGGCAGCGUUCUUCUUCUCCUGUCCCAUGCCUGAGCGUUUCUUUCCUGGGCGGUAUGACAUCAUCGGCCACGGGCACCAGCUCUUCCACUUCCUCCUCUCCCUCUGCACACUGACCCAACAGGAAGCUGUGUUUGAGGACUUCCUGUCCCGGCGGGCGUCCCUGAUGAGGGAGUAUGGGGAGUGCUGCCUCCUGGUGGCAGCCGUGUCAUUUCCUGUCCUGGUGUUCUGUAGCGUGCUGACAGCUGUGGUCAUGAGGAGACGGGUGGAGAGGAGGCUGAGGUGGGGGGGGGGGGGGGGGGUGAAGGAGAGAGGAGAGAGAGUGGGAGAAAGAGAGAACUGGUGUUCUGUAGCAUGCUGA